AUGAAAGCUCUUGUUGACCAAGUGCACGACCGGCGCCUUCGUCACAAUGCCAGAGCCAUUCUGAUUAUAGCGGCCUCUCUGUUCUUAACGGGCGCGAUAUACAUUCGCCAACAGUCCGGUCGAGCGACUGCCAUUCACCAUCGUCCUCUACAUGCCGAGGAGCUUUUGGACACUUGUGCCUCCUUAAAGAUCAUUCCCGGUCCUCCAGACAAUUUUUCUUCACGUUCGGAAUCAGAUCGUUUCGUUCCAGGAACUGUACCGACUUAUAUAAAGAAUGCAACAAUCUGGAUUGGACGAAGUGAAGGACUUAUUGUCAAGGUCGGACAUAUCACGAAGGGCGACCUUCCGUCGAACUAUGACACCAUCGAUGCAGCUGGAGGUGUGUACAUGAAUUCUUCAGUCCCUAUGUUCUCUUACGCUCGUACCAGCAUGGGCGCAUCAGACGGGAAUUCUCUCAAAGGCCCAGCUCAACCCUGGCUACGGAGUCUUGAUGGACUUAACACCCAUGAUGAAUCUGUAACUGUCUAUGGUUUCACACGCUUGGACACUCAAUGGAGCUUCAGGAAGUCAUACGAAGAGGCCAGGAAAAUCAAGAAAAAGCAAGAUGACUUUUGUGCCAAAGUAGAAGCUGGUCUGUGGAACGAGGUACCGGAUGAAUACCCAGAGAGCCUCCAAUGGGAAGCCCUCGUCGAUGUUCUAAGGGGCAGAGUCAAGAUCAACAAUCACUGCUAUGAGGCGGUAGAUUUUGAUCAACAAAUCCGAUCUGAUCAUCCUGUGCUUGACUCGCGGUUCCUACUCUAUGAAGCACAGCAAGCUCACCUUUAUGGUCUCGAUCAUGACCUUGCCCUUGCUUCCGUGACCACCACUCCGGCAGAGCUACAAGGAUUUGGUCAUCGACUAGGCUAUGUGAAAGCAGAUCUUGUGAUUUGGGACUCUCACCCUCUGGCACUUGGAGCAACUCCAAUCCUAGAAUCCCCCAAGAGCAUCAAGAAGCCUUCAGAAUUCCAGGUUUUGCCGAGGGUUCCGAAUUUCGAUAAGGAGAGGAAGAAUGCGAUCAAGUACGAAGGACUGCAGCCUCUAAGACCUUCUACGAAAGCCAAAUCCGCCGUUUUCUUCAAUGUUCGCACCAUUUAUGAGGAAGACAAGAUUACUGGCAAAUUGAUGUCUCAGCAACUAUCAGAGGGAACUGCACCGGGAAUGGUCAUC